AUGAAGGGGAUUUACAGAGACGGAUACUACGACGGAUCUAUUGAACUACGGGACGGCUUCAACAGGAGAUGCGUAAAAUGUGAAUGCCGAGGGGACUUUGCGCAAGCCAGGACGAUGAGGAUUAGGACGGGACUUGUUUUUUGGAACCUCGUCUUCUCUCUGAUGUUCACAUGUGUGAAAGGUUUUAUCCACACUUGCGGAGGCACUUUAAAAGGGAGGAAUGGGACGAUAGAAAGCCCCGGCUUUCCAUAUGGAUAUCCAAAUGGAGCAAACUGUACCUGGGUGGUUGUUGCCGAGGAGGGCAACAGGAUUCAUAUAGUUUUUCAAUCUUUUGCUGUGGAGGAGGAAUAUGACUUUUUAUCUUUGUAUGAUGGACAUCCACACCCGGCUAACUUCAGGACGAGGUUAACAGGGUUUACCAUCCCUUCACCUGUUACCAGUUCUGGUAACAUUUUUUCACUGAGGCUUACCAGUGACUUUGCAGUAAGCGCUCAUGGAUUUAAGGCAGCUUAUGAAGAGCUAAGAAGCAGUUCAUGUGGAAACCCUGGGGUUCCACCCAAAGGCAUACUGAAUGGAACCCAGUUCAACGUUGGUGGCAAGAUUCGCUACCGGUGUGUUACUGGCUAUGUCCUAGAUGGACAUUCACAACUCACCUGUGUCACUAAUGCAGCUGGGGUGUCAGUGUGGGACUUUCCUGUGCCAAUCUGCAGAGCGGAGGACACGUGCGGUGGCACCCUGAGGGGCUCCAGCGGGCUCAUCUCCAGCUUCGAUUUCCCCAGCAGUCUAGGCAGCAGUGGGGAGUGUAAGUGGACCAUCCUGGCAGAUCCCGGGGAUACCAUCUCUCUGGUGUUCACGGAAUUUCAGAUGGAGGAAAAGUCGGACUAUCUGGAAGUAGAGGGAUCUGAAACGCCAACCAUCUGGAUGACUGGGAUGAACAUUCCAGCUCCAAUCAUCAGCAACAAAAACUGGCUGCGGCUGCAUUUUGUGACAGAGAGCAACCACCGCCACAAAGGCUUCAGGGCUCAGUAUCAAGUGAAAAGCUCUGGAGAGCUUAAAUCCAGAGGGGUAAAAUUAUUACCAGGAAAGGACAACACUAACAAACUGUCUUUGAUGAAUGAAGGAGGAAUCAAACAGGUGUCUAAUUACUGCCCUGACCCGGGGGAGCCGGAGAAUGGCAAACGGAUUGGCUCUGACUUCAGCAUCGCAGCAACUGCUCAAUUUACCUGUGAUGAAGACCAUGUGCUGCAGGGUUCCAAAACGAUUACCUGCCAGCGUGUAGCCGAAGUCUUCGCUGCUUGGAGCGACCACAGACCCGUCUGCAAGGUGAAAACGUGUGGGACAAAUCUACAGGGACCAUCAGGGACCUUCACAUCCCCUAACUUCCCCAUCCAGUAUGAGAGUAACUCCCAGUGUGUCUGGAUCAUCACAGCCAGUGAUCCAAACAAGGUUAUUCAGAUCAACUUUGAGGAGUUUGACCUUGAAAUUGGGUAUGAUUCACUAACCAUAGGAGAUGGAGGGGAAGUAGGUGACUCCAAAACAAUAAUACAAGUGCUGACUGGGAGCUUUGUCCCAGACCUGAUUGUCAGCAUGUCCCAUCAGAUGUGGCUUCAUCUCCAGUCUGAUGAGAGUGUGGGCUCGAUCGGCUUCAAGAUCAACUAUAAAGAAAUUGACAAAGAGAGUUGUGGGGACCCUGGUACACCUCUGUACGGCUACCAAGACGGUAGUGGCUUUUUAAAUGGUGAUGUUCUGCGCUUUGAAUGCCAGUUUGGAUUCGAGCUCAUAGGGGAGAGGAUGAUAACCUGCCAGAACAACAAUCAGUGGUCGGCUAAUAUCCCCAUCUGCAUAUUCCCCUGUUUCUCCAACUUCACUGCCCCCAUGGGGACGGUGUUGUCUCCUGACUACCCAGAAGGCUAUGGGAACAACCUCAACUGUGUGUGGCUGAUUAUCUCAGAGUCGGGCUCCAGAAUCCACCUGGCCUUUAAUGACUUUGACCUGGAGCCCCCCUAUGACUUCCUCACUAUCAAAGACGGGGACCAGUUAGGGUCCACAAUACUAGGACGCUUCUCAGGGGCUGAAGUUCCUUCCCACCUGACGUCCAACAGCAAUGUACUGCAACUUGAGUUUCAGGCUGAUCACUCUAUGUCUGGACGGGGCUUCAAUAUCACCUAUAGCACUUUUGGGCGUAAUGAGUGUCCUGACCCUGGCAUACCGUUGAAUGCCCGACGCUUUGGGGACAGCUUCCAACUGGGGAGCUCCAUCUCCGUGGUUUGUGAGGAGGGCUUCAUCAAAACGCAGGGGGCUGACACCAUCACAUGCCAUCUGGAGGAAAGCAAAGUGAUGUGGAGUGGACUCAUUCCCAAAUGUGAAGCUCCGUGUGGGGGUCACUACUCGGGUCCAUCGGGUGUCAUACUGUCCCCGGGGUGGCCAGGCUACUACAAAGACUCACUGAGUUGUGAGUGGGUCAUUGAGGCUGAACCUGGCCGUUCCAUCAAGAUCAGCUUUGACAGGUUUCAAACUGAACUGAGCUAUGACUUCCUGGAAGUGCACGAUGGUCCCAACCUGCUCUCACCUCUAAUUGGCUCAUUUAAUGGAACCCAGGUCCCUCAGUUCCUGUUUAGUAGCAGUACCUUCCUGUAUCUGCUUUUCACCACCGAUAACAGUCGAUCAAACAGUGGCUUCAAGAUCUUCUACGAAGUGGUCACAUUGGACACGUUCUCCUGUAUGGAUCCUGGUAUCCCGGUGAACGGUGCGCGGUUAGGCCAGGACCUGUCGAUCGGCUCCACCGUUUCUUUCCAAUGUGACCCAGGAUACAGGCUGAGCCAUGAGGAGCCACUGGUUUGUGAGAAGAACCACUUCUGGAGCCACCCACUGGCCUCUUGUGAUGCAUCAUGCGGUGGGGAUAUCAGUGGACCCGGGGGGAUCAUUUUAUCACCUGGCUACCCGGAGCUGUAUCCCAACUCUCUAAACUGUACGUGGACUGUAGAAGUCAGCCAUGGAAAAGGUGUCCAAUUCACGUUUCACUCCUUCCACCUGGAGGAUCACCAUGACUACCUUCUGAUAACAGAAAAUGGAAGCUUUGCUCAGCCCCUGGCUCGACUCACCGGCUCAGAGAGGCCUGCACCAGUUAACGCCGGCCUGUAUGGGAACUUCAAGGCCCAGCUACGUUUCAUUUCCGACUUCUCCAUAUCCCUGCAGGGAUUCAACAUCUCCUUCUCGGAGUAUGAUCUGGAACCCUGUCAGGAUCCUGGGUCACCUCAGUUCGGCUGGCACAAUGGUUCCAGAUUUGGUAUCGGGGACUCGCUGGCGUACACCUGCAAUACAGGCUAUCGUCUACAGGGGGCGAAGGAGGUUGUUUGCUUGGGAGGUGGCCGCCGUAUUUGGAGUGCCCCUCUGCCAAGGUGUGUGGCUGAGUGCGGAUCAACAGUCUCCAACAAUGAGGGAGUUCUUUUGUCGCCAAACUACCCAAUGAACUAUGACAACAGCCACGAGUGUGUGUAUACCAUUCAGGUUCAAACUGGCAAAGGCAUCAACAUCACUGCCAGCACUUUUCAACUCGCACAAGGUGACAUCAUCAAGGUGUAUGAUGGCAAGGAUGGUGCAGCCCAACUCCUUGGCACCUACACAGGCACGUCGAUGCAAGGUCUGUCCCUCACCGGCACUUCCAACUAUCUGUGGCUGGAAUUCUACUCCGACCAGGAGGUGACGGCGGCGGGGUUCCGGCUCAUGUACCGCAGUUUUGAGCUUUCACACUGUGAUGAUCCAGGUGUGCCACAGUUCGGCUUCAAAGUCAGUGACCAGGGUCAUUUUUCUGGAAGUGCCAUUACUUUCGGCUGUGAUCAAGGCUACACCCUGCACGGCAGUGGCAUCCUCAAGUGCAUGACCGGGGAGAGAAGAGCAUGGGACAAUAACCUCCCGUCAUGUAUAGCGGAGUGUGGUGGCAAUUUCAAGGGCGAGUCCACAGGGCGGAUCCUCUCUCCCGGGUAUCCCUUCCCCUACGACAACAACCUGAGGUGCACGUGGACAAUUGAGGUCAACUCUGGCAACAUUGUCAGUCUGCAGUUUCUUGCAUUUGACACAGAGGCAUCCCACGACAUUCUGAAGGUGUGGGACGGGCCUCCCGAGAACGAGAUGUCUCUGAAGGAAGUCAGCGGCUCGCUGCUCCCUGAGGGAAUCCACUCCACUCUCAACAUCGUCACCAUUCAGUUUGAGACGGACUUUUACAUCACCAAGUCUGGGUUUGCCAUUGACUUCUCCAGUUCGAUAGCGACAGCCUGCAGAGAUCCAGGUAUUCCCAUGAAUGGAAGUCGCAACGGUGAAGGGCGUGAGCCUGGUGACUCGGUGACCUUCUCUUGUGAUCCGGGAUAUGAAUUGCAGGAAGAGAGCAGAAUCACCUGCAUCCAAGUGGAAAAUAGAUACUACUGGCAACCCAGCCCUCCAAGCUGCAUCGCUCCCUGUGGUGGAAAUGUGACUGGAUCAUCAGGAUUCAUCCUCUCUCCCAACUACCCCAACCCCUACCCACACAGCAAAGACUGCGACUGGCUUAUCGCUGUGCACACAGACUAUGUCAUCUCCUUGGCUUUUAUCAGCUUCAGCAUUGAGCCCAACUAUGACUUCCUGUAUAUCUAUGACGGUCCAGACAGCAGCGCUCAUCUGAUUGGAAGUUUCCAAGACAGUAAACUUCCUGAGAAGAUUGAGAGCACCUCCAACUUCAUGUAUUUGGCAUUUCGCAGUGACGGCUCCGUGAGCUACACCGGCUUUCAGUUGGAAUACAAAGCUAAACUACGGGAGGCCUGUUUUGAUCCCGGGAAUGUGAUGAAUGGCACUAGAAUGGGUACUGACUACAAGCUGGGAUCCAUGGUGACAUUUCAUUGCGAGGCUGGCUAUCUGCUGCAGGGCUACUCCACUCUGACAUGUGUCAUGGGCAAUAGCAAGAGACCAGAGUGGGACAGAGCCAAACCAAGCUGUCAAGCUCCCUGCGGAGGUCACUUCACCGGUUCAGAGGGGACCGUGCUGUCCCCAAACUAUCCACAUAAUUACACCAGGGGCCAGAGCUGUGUCUAUGACAUCUUCGUCCCCGGGGACUUCGUGUUGUUUGGCCAGUUUGUGGUUUUCCAAACUUUGACCAGCGAUGUGGUGGAGAUCUACGAUGGAUCGUCCACAGAUUCAGCCCUGCUCUCCUCCAUAUACGGAUCACACUCAGGCGAGACACUUCCUUUGAGUUCAGGAAACAAGAUAACACUCAAGUUUUCAACGAAUGGGACCGAAACGGCAAAAGGUUUUCAUUUUGUUUACCAAGCUGUUCCCCGGACGAGUGCCAGUCAGUGCAGCUCGGUUCCCGAGCCCCGGUUUGGGAAGCGGAUUGGGAACGACUUUGGCAUCGGUAUGGCCGUACUGUUUGAGUGCAAUCCAGGCUACACGCUGCACGGCUCUAACGCCAUCAGGUGUGAGGCCGUGCCCACUACCCUCGCCCAGUGGAACGGCACUGUGCCCACAUGUGUUGUUCCCUGUGGUGGAGCCUUAACUGACCGCAGAGGUACCAUCCUCUCUCCUGGAUACCCAGACCCGUACGCCAACUAUCUGAACUGCGCCUGGAAAAUCUCCGUUCCUGAGGGAGCCGGCAUCCAAAUUCAAGUUGUGACCUUCGCCACCGAACACAACUGGGACUCGCUGGACUUUUUUGACGGGGUUGAUGGCAAUGCUCGGAGGCUUGGUAGCUACUCAGGUACGACAAUUCCCCAGCUGCUGAACAGCACAUCCAACAACCUGUACCUGACCUUCCAGUCUGACAUUAGCGUGUCUGCCACCGGAUUCCACUUGGAGUACACAGCAAUAGGUUUGGAUUCGUGCCCAGAGCCGCUGCCUCCCAGUAACGGCCUAAGAGUCAGCAACCGCUACACAGUGGGUGACAUGGUGUCCUUCCAGUGUGAUCAAGGCUUUUCGUUGCAGGGUAAUACAUAUAUUACCUGUAUGCCUGGCCCCGUCAGAAGAUGGAAUUACCCCGUACCUCUGUGUUUAGCUCAGUGUGGCGGGUCCAUGACAGACUUCAGCGGCGUCAUCCUCAGCCCAGGCUUUCCAGGGAAUUACCAGAGCAGCCUGGACUGCAGCUGGAGAGUUCAGCUCCCUAUUGGCUUCGGGAUCCAUCUGCAGUUUCUAAACUUCUCAACAGAGCCUGUUCAUGACUAUCUGGAGGUCCGCAGUGGGAGUCUGGAUACGGGAACAGUGAUUGAUCGGUUCAGUGGCCCCAUGGUGCCCAACUCCCUCUUUAGCACCACACACGAGACCACACUGUUCUUCCACAGUGACUACUCCCAGAACAAACCUGGCUUUCACAUCGUCUACCAGGCAUAUGAGCUGCAGAGGUGCCCGGACCCACGACCAUUCCGGAACGGCAUCGUGAUCGGUCAGGAAUACAGUGUGGGGAUGACUAUUUCUUUUGAGUGCCUGCUGGGUUACACUCUGCUCGGAGAGCCGUCCCUCACUUGUCUGCACGGAGUCAGCAGAAACUGGAAUCACCCCAUACCUCGCUGCGAAGCUCUCUGUGGUGGCAACAUAACAUCCAUGAACGGCACAAUUUACUCUCCCGGACACCCAGCCGAGUACCCACACUUCCAGGACUGUAUGUGGACGGUCAGAGUGCCUCCCGGUUACGGCAUCUCCAUCAACUUCUCUGUUAUAAAUACAGAACCAAUCUACGACUACAUCACUGUGUGGGAUGGACCCGACCAGGCCUCGCCUCAGAUCGGUCAGUUCAGCGGCAGUUCGAUACAGGAAGGCGUGUCCACCACCGCCAAUCAGAUCCUCAUCAAGUUCCACAGCGACUUCAGCACCAGUGGCUUCUUUGUGCUGAAUUAUUACGCCUACCAGCUGAGAACAUGUCAGCCACCCCCUCCUGUCGCCAACGCCACUAUCCUAACCGAUGAUGACGAGUUUGAAAUAGGGGACAUUAUUCGGUACUCGUGCUUGCCAGGCUUCACCUUGGUGGGCAGUGAGAUUCUGACCUGUCGUCUUGGAGAGAGGCUACAGAUGGAUGGACCCCCACCAGUCUGUCAAGUACAAUGUCCAGCCCAUGAAGUGCGAUUUGACUCUUCCGGCGUGAUCUUGAGUCCGGGCUACCCUGACAGCUACCCCAACCUCCAGAUGUGCUCCUGGCUGAUUAACGUGGAAAAGGGUUACAACAUCACUCUGCACUUUGAACUCUUCCAGACAGAGAAGGAGUUUGACAUCUUGGAAAUAUUUGAUGGUCCCAACAUCUACAGCCAAAACCUGGCCUCACUCAGUGGUGACGUUGAAACACCGUUCAGCCUGACGACCACAGGCCACCAGCUCCUGCUGCGCUGGUCCUCAGACCACGGCACCAAUCGACGAGGCUUCCACAUCAGAUACGUGGCCCUGUACUGCAGUACCCCUGACUCCCCACAGCAUGGCUUUGUAGUGAGCCAGACCGGAGGUCAUCUUAACAGCAUGGUGCGCUGGGCUUGCGACAGGGGGUACAAGCUGAUUGGAAAGGGCACUGCUGUGUGCAAGAAGAGCGUCUAUGGCGUCUACGCCUGGGACGCGCCAGUCCCUGCAUGUCAAGCUGUGUCAUGCGGUGUGCCCACUGCGCCAGUGAAUGGAGGUGUGCUCGCUGCUGAUUACUCUGUCGGCACACGGGUGACCUACUUCUGCAACAGCGGCUACCGGCUUUCCUCCAAAGAGCUGACGACCACAGUCUGCCAGCCAGACGGCACCUGGAGCAACCACAACAAGAUACCCCGCUGCAUCGUAAUGAUGUGCCCCAGUCUCAGCUCCUUCUCUCUAGACCAUGGGAAAUGGAAGAUAGUCAAUGGCUCGCACUAUGAGUAUGGAACUAAAAUAAUCUUCAUCUGCAACCCCGGAUACUACCGUGCUGGCCCUGCACACAUACAGUGCCUUGCCAAUGGGGUGUGGAGCUGGAGGAGCGAGAGGCCUCGGUGUAGAAUUAUUUCCUGUGGCAAUCUGCCCACUCCUCCUAAUGGGAACAAAAUUGGGACUCAGACUACCUUCGGAGCGUCAGCCAUUUUCAGCUGCAACCUUGGCUAUGUUUUAACUGAAUCUACUGUCAGAGAGUGUCUCCUGUCUGGCCUCUGGAGCGGGAUGGAGACUCAGUGCCUGGCUGGUCACUGUGGUGUCCCAGAGCAGAUUGUGAAUGGGCAGGUGAUCGGGGAAAACUUUGGGUACAGGGACACAGUGGUUUACCAGUGCAACCCUGGAUUCAGGCUCAUUGGCUCCUCGGUACGGAUCUGUCAGCAGGAUAACAACUGGUCCGGACAGCUCCCAGUUUGCAUCUCUGUGACAUGUGGCCACCCCGGCAGCCCUAUCUAUGGCCGCACUACAGGGGAUGGCUUCAACUACAAUGAUGUUGUGCGCUUUUACUGCAACAAAGGAUACACCCUGGAAGGACCCUCCACAGCUCAGUGCCAGGCCAGCCGCCAGUGGAGCCACCAGCCACCGACAUGCAGAGUUGUAAAUUGCACAGACCCGGGUAUCCCUGCCAACUCCAUCCGGGAGAGUAAGAUCGAGCACGGCAACUUCACAUUCGGCAGCGUGGUCUUCUACGACUGUAACCCCGGGUAUUACCUGUUCGGCUCGUCGGUGCUCACAUGCCAGCCGGUGGGACACUGGGACAAACCUCUGCCAGAUUGCAUCGAAGUGGACUGCGGCCACCCAGGGACACCUCCCCACGGAGAGAUGAGUGGAGAGAAGUUUACCUUUGGCUCCACGGUGCGCUACUCCUGCUCUGGAGACCGCCAGCUCAUAGGAGACUCAUCACUCACCUGUCAGCUGAACGGUCACUGGAGUGGUCCACUGCCCCACUGCUCAGGCGACUCGGGGGGCGCCUGUGGAGAUCCCGGCACGCCUGCCCACGCCAGCAGGGAAGCGGGGAAUUUCAAAGUCCGCAGCAAGGUGCGCUUCACCUGCGCAGUGGGAAACACACUGUACGGCUCGGCAGAGAGGAUCUGCUUCCCCAACGGGACCUGGUCAGGCCGACAGCCUUUCUGCAAACCGGUGCACUGUGGGAACCCAGGUACACCUGCUCAUGGCCGUAUCUCUCGCGUGGAUGGCACAACCUUCUCCCACUCCAUCGUGUAUUCUUGUAUGGAAGGCUAUUUCCUCAGUGGGUCACCCACACGCCAGUGUCUGGCAAAUGGCACGUGGUCUGGCACAGCUCCAAACUGUACAAUGAUCACCUGUGGCGACCCUGGUAUUCCAGCGAAUGGACUCAGGUUUGGUGACGACAUCACCGUGGGCCAGAACGCGACGUUCGUGUGUCAGCCGGGUUUCGUGAUGAUCGAUGGGGACAGCACUGUCACAAGGACCUGCACCAACAAUGGCACCUGGAGUGGCACCAUGCCAGUAUGCAAAGUGGUGACAUGUCCUACACCCCCAGCCUUUGCGAACGGCCUUCUGGAGGGCUCAGUGCUUGAGUGGGGAACCAGCGUGAGCUACAGCUGUCUACCUGGCUACGAGCUGUCCUUUCCUGCCGUGCUCACCUGCACAGGCAACGGGACCUGGAGUGGAGACCUGCCUCAGUGCUUGCCAAAGUUCUGCGGAGACCCCGGUAUGCCGGCCAAGGGACGGAGAGAAGGCCGCAGUUUCAUCUUCAAGUCAGAGGUGACAUUUAGCUGUGGCGCCCCCUAUGUGCUGGUCGGAUCAGAGACACGCAUGUGUCAGGACGACGGCACUUGGAGCGGAUCUCAGCCUCGAUGUAUAGAGCCCACGAGAACAACGUGUGAAAAUCCGGGGACACCUGAGCAUGGCUUCAUGAAUUACACAACAGGCUUUAAGGUGGGCAGCAGAGUCGACUUCCAGUGCCAACAGGGACACCUACUGCAGGGCUCCACCACCCGGCUGUGUUUGCCUGAUCUCACCUGGACCGGCAUCCAGCCUACAUGCAUCCCUCACUCCUGCAAGCAGCCACGCAGUCCUGCCAAUGCUGACGUUGUGGGUCUAGACCUGCCCUCCUACGGUUACACCCUGGUGUACACCUGUCAGCCAAGUUAUUUCCUCUCCGGGGGUUCAGAGCACCGUGUCUGCCGCUCUGACGGCAGCUGGACUGGCAAGGUGCCUGUCUGCAGAGUCGGCUCCAAAUCACAUGAGAAAACUGUCAAACACGUACCAGGGACACCAAGCCCAAAAAUAAAUGUUCCUGACAACGUCUUUGCCCCUGAUUUUGUCUGGAAGGGCUCCUACGAUUACAAGGGCCAGAAGCAGCCGAUGACUUUGACAGUCACAAGCUUUAAUGUUUCGACGGGAAAAGUCAAUGUAACUUUAAGCGACAGUAGCAUGGAGUUCCUGCUCUCUGGAGUGUACAAGCGCCAGGAGGCACGGUUAAUGCUCCUGCUGUACCAGAUGAGAGCCCUGGCCCACAGCUCCAUGAGCAGGAUUACUGUUGAGACCUGGGCAAUGGAUGGAUUUGUUUCAGCUGAGCCCGAGGGAGGCAGCUACGUAUUCCAAGGCCUUAUACAGGGUAAAGACUACGGACAGUUCGGACUGCAGAGACUUGGUCUGAGUGUAAGGGAGAACGUGACCCUCGCCGACCCUGAAACCAGCGGCUCCACCAACAGCAGCUCGGUUGCUGUCGCGAUCCUCGUGCCUUUCUUUGCCCUCAUCUUUGCAGGCCUCGCUUUUUACCUCUACAAGCAACGGAAAACAGAUAAAGCGCAGUACACAGGAUGUUCUGUCCACGAGAACAACAAUGGACAGGCUACUUUCGAGAAUCCCAUGUACAACACAAACACAAAAGCUGCGGAAGGGAAAGUUGUCCGCUUCGACCCCAAUCUCAACACCAUCUGCACCAUGGUUUGAUGUCUACUGAGUAUAAGAGAAAGACAAGACUUACAUAUAUAUAAAUUACAUAUUUAUAUUUUUCCUUACUUCUGAUGGCAUACAACUAGGACACAAAGAAUUGCUCAGAAACUUAAGCACACCUUCGGCAACACUUAAGUUGCGCCUGAUCGUACACGGAGGGUAAAAGAUUGGAGAGACGGGGAGAGGAUGCUCCACACCUUUCGAGAUCUUCCCGUUGUUCGGUGGAGAGAAGAGUUCUUUACACUCUGUGAGUGUUGGCUUCAUGAAUAAAAAAAGAGCCUCUGGCAUAUAGAUAAAAUAGAGUAUUUUAUGCUCUGUAGUAUAAAUAUAGAGGGGUUACUUCACAAUGCCAAAUGAAAGAUUUAAACUCCCUCGGUUUUUCCAAGAAAACAGCUCAGACGCAGACCCUCUGUUUGUUUUUGUCUUAGUGUCACAUUCAUCCUCAUGAGGGUUGGUUUCUCUUAUGGAGGUGAGGAGCCUCUCGACUGGGAGUUGAUCAGCCUAAUCUGCAGAGUCUGUUUUCCAUGCAGGCAGAUGUGGGAGAGGUAAUGGAGAAGUAGAACAGCAAAUGGCUCUUUGAAUAGCGUCGGCGCAGUUCUCUGUUCAAGGUUAUGUGGUCAAUUAUACCUAUUAAUUAGCUGGUACCUCCGACUGAUGAAAUAUAUGGCCAGGGAUUUAAUUACUGGAGUGCAGUACUUAUUUUCAAAUGUGACUGGAUAUGCUAGGGCUCCUAUUGUUACAGUGCAGGUGAUCAGACAACAGUAGAGCUCAUUUUGUUAUUAAGGAGAGAUAUAUUCAACAUUAUAGAGUUUAUAAUCAAGUUGUCUGCAGUGAUUUCGUUUUCAACAGAUAUGUUCUUUAAGUAUGAGAACUUUUAUAGCUGACUUGCUGUGGAGGCAAAAAUGUACCGUUUAGCAUUUUGAUCAUACGAGGCAAAUCAUGCAUCUAUUUAACUGAUCCUUAAGUUAUUGAAGGAGUCGUGAUACCUGAUUUCCUUUCAGGUGUUUUUACUUUUUAUUAUUUCCUUCCGAGUGUAUUUGUGUCCCAAAUAACCCCUGAGCCUCUAGAUAUCAAGCAUCUCAAAGAGGGAGUUCCUAUCCUAAUUAUUUCAGGUUUUCUUGACUGACGAGGUUGAGCAUAGCCACUGUGCUCCGUGUCAACAGCAGGCCAGGUUUCUCAGAAGUUUAUUUCAGCGUGGAUGUCUGUGACUCAAAGUUCAAAGACAUGUCAGUCGUGCAGCCUGGGGUCAGACGCAUCUCACUGUCUUGUUUUAUGUUGAUCAAAAUUUGAAGAAGCAUCUGCCUUACUUUAGAGGAAAUCCGAAAUCAAACAAGUGCAGCCACCACGUCAUCUCUGUUUAUCAUGAGCGCUUUUCAAUGUUCUUUAUUUCUUUUGGGAAACCGUGCCCCAGUCGGUGAUCUCUUGAUGCGCACUCCUACUCUGAGGCACUGGAUGAUUUCAGACCUCGGCCCGUCUCAUUGACACCUACUGACUCAAGUGGUUAUUUCAGUGUCUUACUGAACCAUCAGCUUCUGCCAACAAAUGUACAGUAAAAGGAGAAAAACGAGAAAGGAAUUUGCACACUUGAACAUGAGCCUCCAUCAGUGUUGUUCUGUCAUCCAAGUCCAUCCAUGGUUUCAAAGUUUAAAAAAAAUAGAUUUGACACUGUCGUCACAUUUAUACAUCAUUGCAGUGCCUUGGAUACUGUAUGCGCAUAUAUUUUAAAGAAGACAUGUACUCUCUUAGUGAAGCUGUACAUCAGUGUCGUUUCUCUGCACAGUUUUGCAUUGAUUUCAAUGUCAGUGCUGCUGAUUUAUUUAAGAAGAGGUGUGUUGGGACAGCAGCUCAUUGUUUCAUGGUCUCAUACCUGUGCAUGUCGGCAUAAAGCGAUCCAGUAUAGCAAUUGCUGCUGUCAUACUUUGUACCACUCAGUUGAUUCCCGUCAUUGCCGUUACAUUUUGUACAUUUAUACAGUUUUGAUACUUGAUGGCAUUCCUUGGCAAGAUGUCUUGUGUUAUCAAUAUGUAAUAUAUUUUGCAAGUUCAUAUUUCUUAAUGAUGAGAAAAGAAAUGCAUCUGGUUAAAAAAAAAACAGUAUUCAACAAGUCAGUCUCACAUCGGAUUCCAGAGUAGAGUAGAAUGCUUUUAAAUGUACCACACACUUGUUUAUCCCAUUCAAGAUCCUGUGUAUAUGAAUAUGUACAUAUUACAAAACUUUUGUAAAGAGAUAUAUUUUUUAUGCAAAUAAAGCAUUUGUAAGUUAUUGAAUAUGUUGUGUAAAAUCCCACAUGUAAAUGUCA